AUGGGGUCCUGCUUCUCUGCGGAAAGCAGGAGCCCUCACCCCACUUCGCCCUCCUCCUCAUCUUCUAGGAAAAGCAGAAAAAACAGUAAAAAGAAGCACGGAUCAAGAGGCUCUUCGUUUGAGUAUUGGAGGAAUGAACCUCUUCAUAGGAUCCCUGAUAGGGUAUUCCUUAAUGGCUCAUCUGAAUUUGCUUCCUUGUUCACUCAACAAGGCAAGAAGGGUACCAACCAAGAUGCCAUGGUUGUUUGGGAGAACUUUUGUUCUAGAGAAGAUACAAUUUUCUGUGGAGUUUUCGAUGGCCACGGUCCAUAUGGUCAUAUGGUUGCGAAAAGAGUGAGGGAUUCUCUUCCUCUAAAACUGAAUACUCAUUGGGAACUUAAUGUUUCUGGUGGGGAAGUCCUCAAGGAGAUUAGCAAUAAUGCUACUGGAAGCACAAACUCGGAAGAUACAGCAUUUAUAUCUGCUGAUGAGGAAUCCAGGGUAUCCGUUGAUGCCGAGGAAAUGGAAAAAUUCCCAGAAAUCUUUCAAUCACUUAGAGAUUCCUUUUUAAAGGCAUUCAAAGUUAUGGAUAGAGAAUUGAAGACUCACCAAACUAUUGAUUGCUUCUGUAGUGGGACAACAGCAGUAACUUUGGUUAAGCAGGGUCGUGAUCUUGUUAUUGGAAAUAUUGGUGACUCUAGAGCUGUAUUGGGUACAAGGGAGAAAGAUGGUUCUCUUGCUGCAGUCCAGUUAACUGUGGAUUUAAAACCUAAUCUUCCAGCUGAAGCAGAGAGAAUUCGCAAAUGUAGAGGACGUGUUUUUGCUCUUCGUGAUGAACCUGAUGUUUGUCGAGUCUGGUUGCCGAACAAUGAUUCCCCUGGCCUUGCCAUGGCAAGGGCUUUUGGAGAUUUUUGUCUGAAAGAUUUUGGACUAAUAUCUGUUCCAGAUGUGUCACACAGAAGACUCACUGAGAAGGAUGAGUUUGUUGUCAUGGCAACCGAUGGGAUUUGGGAUGUCCUAUCAAACAAGGAAGUGGUAGACAUAAUAGCAGCUGCACCAAGGCGUGCAACAGCAGCUAGAUCACUGGUUGAGUUAGCAGUUAGAGCAUGGAGAUACAAAUAUCCAACAUCAAAAGUUGACGAUUGUGCCGUGAUUUGUCUCUUUCUAGACUCAGGCAUACAUAAAAUCUCCACUGCUUCUCAUGCAAACAAUUCCAAAGAGCAUCCUCAAAGUUCAGGAAUUCAAGUCAGCGACUACGGUGAUAACGAAGGUGUUUCUGAACCUAAUGCUCUAGAAAGAUCAGGAACAUGCAGAGAAAUCAAUAAUAAUAACCACAACGAGGAAGAGAUAGAGAUAGAUGCUGAGGCAGAAAAAGAGUGGUCUGCUCUUGAAGGUGUAUCGCGUGUCAACACAUUAUUAAACCUUCCGAGAUUCUUUCCUGAUAAAGAAGACAAAUCAGCUGCAGCAGCUGGGACCAGAAAACUCAAAUGA